AUAGAUUAUCAGUCAACACAGCUAGAACCGCAGCUGAGGAAGAAGGUCAGCGUCUCGUACAGAAGGUGUAGAUGUUUGGUUCCUGGGUACCUGUGUGUGGUUUACAGCAAACGAGCCCCCGCAUAAGCCUGGUCCAACCAGAAACUGACUUCACCUCCUCCUGGUUUCCCCUCCUUCAUUUCAUUGUUUGUACAAGUUGACUGUGUGAACUUCAUUGUACCCAGUGUGUGUGUGUGUGCAUAUGGAUGUGCCUCUGUCUAUGUGAGCGUGUGUCUGUCUCGUUCCCUCCCAGCCCACCAUGUCCCUGUAUUCCUCAAAACUCCAGCUGAGCGUAUCACUGUGUCUUCUCCUCCCCCCCUGUGUGCUUCUGCUCCUUACUGACUCCGCCACCACAGGACCAAAUGGGGCCUACUUCUUCUCAACACCCACAGUUAAUUGCUCCUCUGGAUGUACUACUGAUGCAACAACAAAGACCUCUUUGGAUGGUGUGACCACUCCACCGAACACUUCAGUCUCUGCCUUAAACCCGAAUAACACUUCAGAUGUCAUCACACAGACCCACUCUAGUACAGGCAAGGAUAAUAACAGUCUGCAACCAAAUGCAAGCACUCAGUCCUCCCUGAACUCAUCAUCCACCAACCACACCACUGUCAGCCACAGACUGAAUGAGUCUGUAACAUCGGUGAACAAAAAUGAGCAAAUUACAGAAGGAGCCCUUUCUUCCACAUCUUCAGCAUCCUUUGAGCAGCCAUCGUCACAGGAGCAUCUCAAAUCACCAGAGGCAUUUACCCCCACUAGCUUGCCUGCUCAGCGCCUGCAUACUGGAUCCACCACCAUCACUAGCAGUAUAACAGCAACCACUUCAGAGUCUGUUAAGAAUGUGGUCACUACACCUGUGAAAUCUACAACCUCAGCACCAGCAACUGCAACAACAACAAGAACAACAGUAGCCCCACACUCGGUGACGAUAGCUUACACGAGUGUUGCUGUUACUUCCGUCCAUGGUUCAGACACGUCUCCAUCGGCUGCCCUGCCACACCCCAGUAUUGAGGUGGCACCGAUUCAGACAUCAUCUUUAACCAAAUCACCAUCUGCUAUAACUGUUGCCAGUACUGAUGCAUUGGCCAAUCACAAUAAAUCUUUUGCCUCAGCUACGAGGGUCCCUGUGGUAGAAGAGGCGGGGGCUGUUCUGACCAAGCAGCUCGUCGAUACGGCGUCUUUACUGGCUGUCCUGCUCUUUGGCCUGCUUUUCUUCUUGGUCACAGUGUCAGUGUUUGUCAAACUGGCCUACGACAGCUACAAGAGGAAGGACUACACGCAGGUCGACUAUCUGAUAAAUGGCAUGUACUCAGACUCUGGGGUAUGAGACAGGAAGAGGAUAAUUAUAUUUCAUGAAGCUUUUUCUUUCUUUGACUCGGAGCAGGAAAAACUAAAUGACAGACUAACUGAAUGGUAAGAUGGUGCUGUGAAUUUACAGGAUGGUCCAGUUAGUUCAGCAAGAAAUGGAAAAGGUACACUGACGAUAAAACGGUGAUGCACACUGAUCUGUUUUCUAGCAGCUCCUGUUUUUUUGUGGGGGGGGUGUCAAAAUUCAAACCUUAUAGCUUACAUUUGGUUCUGCUAGUGGCCCCUGACAGGAUUGGAAUCGAUUAGAUGUUGGCUGGCUCAGUUGGGAUGUUUCCAAAGCUCAGCAGAUGACCUCGUCAUCAGUUAAUUUACUGCUGGUAAGAAAUGUCGAGAUUAUCUAAAAGUAGAGUUGUAUAAAAAUCAAACUAGCAAAUAAUUUAUUGUAUUUUUUUUUUAAAUUUGUAAACAUUUUUUUCCCAAGUGACAUCUAUAUAAGGACCAAAUCAGAAUGUUAUGCCCAAUGAUUCAUUUCCUUGUCAUUACCUUGAUGCUUAUUUUAUUUUUGAAAAAGUCAAUGGACAUACAUCUCAGUGCCAAAUAGGGUGUGUAACUGACAAAGAAUAGCUCUGUGCUUAAGGCAUUUAAAACAUGUCACAUUGCAAAUUCUUUUUAAUGUGGUUUAAUUGGCCACAGUGAUAAUUCAGUUAUUCAGUGCUUCAUGCAGCAGUGCACAAAACAGUUUCUGCUUGACAACUUUUGAAGUUCUUUCAAUUCAGAAAUGACUGUUUUAGACGGUGUUUGUUUACAUUUUUGGAAUUUGGUGUUGCUGAUUUGAUAACAACAAUAAUAAUUACAGUUAUUAUUAUAUUUGCUCUUUAUAAUUGGACAUAUAACCUUGAUAGUGAAGAAAUGUUCAUCAGAUCUCAGUCACAUUUUGGAACCUUCCCAUUCCAGCCCCUGUACACAGUGUUGCACUGUUUACUGCAAAGUAGAUUAUUUGUUUUGUUAUUAAUACUCUACAGAAAAAUGGGGUAAAAAUGAAUCACGCAUAGAUCUAAGUGUAUAAAAUCACUCUUGCCUUGCAACAUUUGACAGAAAUCUAAUGUGACGUCGUAGCUAAAAUUUGCCAUAUUUCUGUGGUGUCGUUAUAUUUCUUGGCCCUUCCCGUCUUUAAGAUAUCACAUUUUCCACGUUUUUAACUACAGCUGGCACUGAAUGAUGCACACUUGUUGUAAUUUCCAACCACAAAGCUAGACUCAGACUCACCGUUGAAGCUUUUCUAAAGUAAUCAUUAUCAACAUGGUGAAUUACUGCAGCUCUGUCCUCAGUUACAGGUGUGAGACACCUGGGUCUGUUGUAGUAUUAGUCUGUUGUAAUCUUGGCCAUCAUUUCUAUAAAAGAGAAAGAAGUAGCUGUUCGCACACUGCAGAACUCCAGAUUCCUCAUUUAUUACAUCUAGGGACAUUUCAAGCACACCUGCUUUUCAUCAGACAGCGACACACCAGGCAGUGCCAUCUGAAAUCAGCUGCGAACAGUCACGUGACCACGGGAAGCUGCAAAAGCUUCCAGUCAACAACCUUGUACAGGACAAAGAAUUGAUAAGUGAAUAAUUUGCUGAAUAAAACCAGCAGAUUAGAGAGAGGGAGAGAGAGAGAGGGUAUUAGAUCCCAGCUGUGAGUACUUUGAGUUUGACCUCAUGUGAAGUCAAUUAAUUAGUCUGGAUACACUUCUGGCUUGUUUAUAGUCUAGUGAUGGAAAUGGUCAGUAAAGCAUCAUUUUAGUUUUCAUAAGAGAUGGCAAAGCUAAAAAUCGACUUAUGUAUAAACCAGGAUCUGAUCAGCACAGACGGGUGAACUUGAACCAGCCUCUCAAACUGUAUUCAAGGUAAAUGAAUAUGUGGAAAACUUAACUCUAUAGAAGCGUUGAUGUUUUCUCAGAAAGACAAAAAUGCUGCACAGGUGCUGCUGCCAGCUAAUUACACUGCAAGAUGUGUUUCCAUUGCUCUGGUUAAGUUUCCAUCAGAUGUGGCCGCGUGUGUUGAAGCCUGAUGUUGGUGGAUCAGGGCCAGAGUGCACACUGUGGUGUCUGCUUUAGCUAACGGGCCAGAGAGAGACCACAGAGACAUUUAAGUCAUCAAGCUGAGGAUUUUCCACCCACUGUCACUCUGUUAAUGUCAGUUCACUUGUUCCGUUGUGUGAAAAGUACAUGCGGCACAGGCCGCGCUCACAGAGCCUGUUUGGCUGGCAGCUCUUCCACUUGAAGGUCAGACAGACGCACUAGCACCGCUUCAUCUUAAAACGCACAGCUCCUGCCGUGUUUACGGCUAGCAUUAGAACUACUCCGCCCUCUGAGGAGGAUUAAAUCUGAGAUUUUUGGAAACUAGCCAGGUUGGUUUGAAAAGUUGAGGAUUGUGCAGGAUUGCAGGCUGUGACGGUGUCGUAUCCGUCACUGCUGACUAUCAGCAGCACAUUCAUCAUGAACAAAUUGCAGGUGUUGCUGCCGUUUUAUAGCAGCUAAACCCUGCAUGUGGUUGUGCUGUCACGUUAUAAAGAAAUGACAUUGGUGUGGUGUGAACUGAACUUGAAUUCACGAGCAGUUAUGCUAUUAGAAUCAUUUUGGAGGUUAAACAAACAUUUCUAACAUUUCAGAUCAAACAGAAGCACAGUUGCUGUAACGCCAACCCUUAGUCUGAUUGUUCGUUUUAUGUAAGUGACAGAUUAUAAAUCGUAAAGUUAAACUAGGUCCUCUCCAGCACGGCAUUUCAUAUUUUUGAUCAUCUGUAGGCUAUUCAAACUUUUUUUUUUGGAUAAUUUCAGGUUUUAUUAUUAUUUCAUUAUUAUUUUCAUGGCAGUUCCACAAACAACAUUCUCUUUUUAAAGAAAUCUUUAUGAAUUCUCCUUCACACUUUCCCUGGGAUCAUGAUGUUUUCCAUAGAGGUCAGUGAAUAACAACCAGAAAAAAUAAAGGAUUUUUUUUUUCUUUUCAACUAUUGGACUGCAAGCCAUUAAUGGCAGAUUUAUGUUAAACAAACCUCACUGUGUUAAAUACUCAGAUUUUCCAAAUGUUAGAGGGUUCCUUUAAAGGUAUUGACAUUUCAUUAGCUUUCAUUGCUACAGACGACAUUUCAGCAGUGUUCCUUUGCACAUGUCUUCCAGUGAAUCACAGGAACAAGGCCAUACUUAAUUGUUUAUUACUAUAUUUUUUAGAUUCUCACAGUGAAUGUAUUCUUUUAAAAGAUAUUGAGUAUAUAUUGUCUUAUUAAUGCAUUGUGUCUUUGCCUGUUCAUGUAACUGGUAUGUUUUCUCCAGUCUUCGUCUGGCUUGCCUCACUGUGCUCUUUCCCAUGCCUUUGUAAGAAGCAACUUGAAUGUUAAGCCAUUUAUUCAGUCAUUUUCAUUACAUUUCAACAUUCCUUCAAAUGUGCACAUUGCAUUCAGCAAAGAGCAAACGUUUUACACUAUUUCCCAUAAAGAGAGAAAGCAGCAGAUGUUUGAUAAAGAAUGAGGUGGUGUAGCUCAUGAAAAACAUUCCUUCUACAACGAUAAGUAAAAGCUCUGUCACAUGAGGCUGGUCUCUUUCUAUUACAGAAACUCUGGAGAUCAGGUGCAUUUCCAUUUUGCCAUAUAAUCUACUCAGUGUCUUGGUUUCAGACUGAUUUCAUCCUCCGGUCCUUUGCCGAAUGAUUCUCAGUGAUUUAGCCGUGCGCUACAAACAAAGGCGGUCCUUGAAGUCAGUAUCCAUUACCAUAAACUGAAUUACUUUGCCUUUUCUUGAGCACAUUGUAUUUGGUGUAUUCUUCCAGUAGAGUACACAGCUGAUGGAACUUCACCAAAUAAUCACUGAAGCGCAUCUUUGUGUGAUAAAGCCAAGGGAAACAUAAAGCCAUGAUCAGUUAGUGACUGAACGAGAGGGAACUUGAACUGUUCCACAACAGCAAGGUGACCUUUCUGGGUUCAUCUGAAACCUACACAGAUUUCAAAUGAAAAUGUACCGUUUGAGAUGUUGUUCUGCUGUAAAUGCAUUUAACCCUUCCUGCCGCUGCUCGCAUUCUUCUUUGAGAGGAGACAACUCUCUUGUCUUGUGGCAAUGCACCGAUUGGGUCACAAGACCUCGAGGGGAUCAGUAUGGCAGGCUGUUAUCUUUGUUUUUCUCAAACAAACUUUUUUAUUUUUUUAAUGAUAUUGUCUUUGUCACAUUGGUCUCAUUUGGUUUUGAAUUUAUUCCCAUAUAUAUGUUUUUGUUCAUCAUAAAAACCGAAGGUACAAUAAAAAAAAAAACAACUGUAAAAGUUUGAUGUGUAAAUCUCAAAGCAGUUCUUAACUGCCUGCUCUGUGAUUUCUCCUCAUCAAAUGAUAGCUGAUGCUUUUGAGACGUUUCAGACGAUGACGGUCGUCUUUUGUUCUCCUCUUCGAUUGUCUAGUUAAUUCAGAAAGCUUCCAGUACCUAAAAUCUUGUUCCUUGCUUAAAGAUACUGGAAAAAUACAUAAAUGGCAAUACCCCUGCAUAGGAGGCAGGAACAUCACUUAGCUCAACUGUAGAGUUUGCUGAGAGAGAUGGUUAUUCCCCCAUGAAAGGAGAGUUUGUAUAAACGACUGUUUCUGCAUGGUUUAAAAAAUAGCCUCAGAUUUUCUCAAAAUUUAAUCUUUCCUCAUUUUUUUUUCUGUUUUAUUAAACAGAUUUCUGUUUGGGUUGUUGUUUCUUCCUUUUUUUUUUUCUGUGAGAAAUUAGGAAAAUCACAUUAUCCAAAGUUUGUUUAUUUUUUAAUUAAAUGGCAAAAAUGACAACUUGUUAGUUCUAACCAUGACCUCUCUAGGCUUCUGUAUGUGUUUGGCAUACUUUGCGUUGUUUCUUUUUCCUCUCAUGGACAAAACAACCCCUAAAAUAUCUUUUUGUUAUCAGUAUCACCCAAAUUGCAACUUCAUGAAAACAUUUUGUAGUGUUUAUUUGAGGUGUAUUUCCAUUUUUCUGAGGUCUGUUUGAAACAACAUAAUCUAUAGCUGUUAGUAAGAGUGUCUGCAAUGAGGACAUAAAUGUCUUUUAUGGCAGUCAGAAUGUAGUUCAUACUGUGUCAAAUUGUCUUGGAUUGUGUCGUCGUGUCCAUUAAGCAAGUGGAUUUUACCCCCCAAGUGAAGAUGGUUUACUGAUGUCCGUAAUUUCAUAGUUUUUCCAUAGAUCCUGGAACCAGUGUGGACUGUGUUAAAGGUAAACUUGUGUUUGUGGUGACUGAUGUGCAGGAUGUCAUGAAACCUGCCCUGUGCCAACCUGAUGUUCUAAUGCACUUUGAACAGAGAUUUUUACUUUGCAGAAAAUAAAUGAAAAAAGAACCGAA